UUGUGGGAUAGCAUCAGGAGGUUAGCGGCGCUCCGGGUCAACUCCGUGUUUUACCUAAAAACACCUUUCUCUGGACAUUAACGGAUUUGAACGGAUUCCAGCAAUGCGUGGAGAUGAAACGGAUACGGAGUCCGUUAAAUCAGCCGAUGGUUCGAUUCGGAGCAAUUUCGAGGCGCUUUGUCAGGAGCUCAAUAUGGACGAAGAGACGGCAGCAGAAGCGCUUGAGAACUUCAGCUCCAUCUGGAACACUUACACGCUAGAGGGUGAUGUUGUUCACUGGCUGGCCUGCUCUCUGUAUGCUGCCUGUAGGAAGAGCUCCAUCCCCACUGUGGGACGGGGUUUGAUGGAGGGCAACGGCGUUUCCCUUACAAGGAUCCUGCGCUCGGCGAAGCUCAGUUUGAUUCAGUUCUUCAGCAAGAUGAAGAAAUGGUCAGACAUGUCGAACCUCUCUCAGGAUUUCCGCAGCCGCAUAGGUCGACUAGAGCGCAAUUUCGAAGUGUCGACAGUGAUUUUUCGUAAAUUUGAGCCAAUAUUUCUGGACAUGUUUCAAAAUCCUCAGGGUGAACCUCCCCGGCUGCCUAGAAGCCGCAAGCACCGGCGUCUUCCAUGCCACAUCAGUGACGUCUUCAAGUUCUGUUGGACUCUCUUUGUGUAUACAAAAGGUAAUUUCCGUAUGAUUGGAGAUGACCUGGUCAACUCGUAUCACCUCCUGCUCUGCUGUCUGGACCUGGUGUUUUGCAACGCUCUCAUGUGUUCCAACAAGAAAGAUCUCAUCAAUCAAUACUUCAGAGGACUGCCGAAGGAUACAGAAAGCCUGGAAGAAAUGCCCUGUGUCAUUGACAAGUUGUGUGAGCUGCAUGAUGGGUUGGUGGUGGAAGCCAAAGGCAUAAAGGAGCACUACUUCAAACCCUACAUAAAGACACUGUUUGAGAAAAAAAUAUUAAAAGGUGAUGCUGAGACACUGACUGAAUUACUGGAUACCCCAAAUUUCCAAGACAACAAUAAAUCCAUAAAUCGUGAGUAUGAGGAAUAUGUUUUGACUGUGGGGGAUUUUGAUGAGCGAGUGUUUUUGGGGGCCGACGCAGACGAGGAGAUCGGCACACCUCGCAAGGCCACCGCUGAGCCUCCAUCAGGUCAACUAUCCGCCCGCAUGCAGGUGGAGAACAACCUUCAGCAGCACUUUGAGAAGACGCGUUCCCUUGCUCCCUCUACGCCUCUAACGGGUCGACGGUAUCUGAAGGAGAAAGAGGUGCUGGUCACCCCCGUUUCCUCAGCUACCCAAAGUGUGAGUCGACUGCAGAGCAUGGUGUCCGGCCUCCGAAAUGCUCCAAGCGAUGCUCUGGUCCACGUCUUUAAUUCCUGCUCUCGAAAUCCCACUGAAUCCAUUCUGAACCGAGUGAAGACCAUGGGAGAGAGGUUUAAACAGGCCUACACCAAACCCACAGAUGACCUGCCAGGAGCACAUAUGGAUUUUGCAGAGAAUCGUCUGAAGCUGGCGGAGAUCUUGUACUUUAAGAUCCUGGAGAAUAUAAUGACUCAAGAGAUGAAGAGAUUACAAGGGAAAGACAUGGCGGUCCUGUUGGAGCAGGAGGUGCUCCAUUGCUCCCUGUUGGCGUGCUGUCUGGAGGUGGUGCUUUUUGCGUACAGCUCUCAAAGAACAUUCCCCUGGAUACUAGAAAUCUUUAAGAUCCCACCAUUCUACUUUUACAAGGUGAUUGAGGUGUUCAUCCGCUCCGAGGAGGGUUUGUCCCGAGACAUGGUGAAGCAUUUGAACAGUAUAGAGGAGCAGGUGCUGGAAAGCAAAGCCUGGACCAGAGACUCGGCCCUGUGGACAGCACUCAAUAACGCUAAUAAUAAAGUCGCCACUGUAGAAGAGGUGAAUUUUCCCAGUAAUUUUGACACGGGCAACAAUGCAGGCGGUCCCACUCACCUCCCAUUGGUGGCGCUAUCUCCCAUCAUCCACCCUCGCAUCAGGGAGGUCCGCACAGGCCUGGGCUCCAGCGCACGCAAAGACUUCCCUCAGUCUCCCAUCUAUCUCCAUGACCGCUACAGCUCACCUGCAGCCGGCAGCGCUAAGAGACGCUUGUUUGGGGACGAUCCUCCACCACAGUCCCCACUGAAAAGAAUCUCAGUCACUCCCAUCAAAAUCAUUCCCAACAGCACAGAACACAACCAGAACACCACCGCCACAACGACUGUCCUCUCCAUGGCCACCGGAAACGGCCAGCAGCUCACCAUUCCACUGCCGGUGGUAAAGAACGAGACGGGCGGCAUCACAGUCAUCCAAAUUCAGGCCAGUGAUAUGAGCCCCCUCACCGCUCAAUUCUUACUGACGGCCUCCCCCAGCCGAACCGCAGCUCCACCCGCCAGCUCCGACGCACAGCCUCCGGCCGUCAACAGACCCCGCCGCACUGGAUCCCUCGCCCUCUUCUUCAGGAAGGUGUAUCAUUUAGCCAGCGUGCGUCUGCGAGACCUGUGUCUGAAGCUGGAUAUCUCAUCAGAGCUGCGAGGGAAGAUCUGGACGUGUUUUGAGCACUCGCUGCUGCACUGCACUGACCUGAUGAAGGACAGGCACCUGGACCAGCUGCUUCUCUGUGCCGUCUACAUUAUAUCAAAGAUCACAAAAGAUGAGCACACUUUUCAGGACAUUAUGAAAUGCUACCGAACCCAACCUCAAGCCAACAGUCACGUGUACCGCAGUGUUUUACUGAAGAGGCAGCAAACAGAUGAGAACAUGGAAGUGGAUCCGCCGGCAGAACAGUGUAAGGCCAAUGAGAGAACGGAACAGGCAAACACAACAGAGGCUGACAGCGAAUCAGAGGAAAGAGGAGACCUCAUCCAGUUUUACAACUCUGUUUAUGUGCUAAAAAUUAAAUCAUUCGCUCUCAAAUAUGCACAUUCCACACUUGAUAACAAGAUGGAGGCUCCUCCGUUAUCGCCGUUCCCGUCGGUUCGCGCUCAGCCUCUCUCUCCUCGCCGUGUAUCUCAGAGACACUCCAUCUUUGUCUCUCCUCAUAAAAACAGCUCAAGUCUCACACCCAGUACUGCCUACACGUACAAGUUCACUGGCAGCCCAUCAAAGGAGCUGAGUCACUGUUGA